CUAUUGAAAAYAAAUGACAAAUUUGAAGUUCUUGUCACGACAACAGCAUUACUGUAAUACAAAAURCUCUUCAAAUUUGGGAAUCGAUGACCACUUGAUGGUCAUCUUGAUAGGUGAUGUUAUCAUCGCCACUUUUCACUUMAAGUCCAAAGUAGAUGCAAAUUGUGUCGUACACAGUCCAUAAAAAAACUCCUCACUAUUUGAUCACCCAUGAAAAUGGAAAAWAUGAAAAGUUUUCGAGACAAAGAGUACGUCCCAAGUACCUCUCAAAAUUUAAUUGAAAGUAGCUGGGAUAGCGGCAUCCUUUCCCACGAAUGGGAUGGUGUCGAGUUCACCAAAUCAAACAAACUUUCCGCAUGUUCUUCAUUUUUUGAUAGCUUGCUUCACGACCACAACAUCGCAGACAUAGAUUUCGUGCCGGAUAACGCGAAACCAAGGAGUAAUGUACCCAGAAGUGUCUACUUCCAUUCUCCCGAGGAUCAAGAAAAGAAAAGCGCCAAUCGGUGGAACAGUUGUAUUAYGCGGAGCAAUCCGCGAACUUUGCGAGGGAAAAACUUAAAAGUAUCUUUGAGUCGGAGCAAUGUGGCUCCGUCUAUCGAGACGGGACAAGGGGCGGCUUCAAGGUACGAUGAAUCCUUGUCUCCACCAAUGAGAUCCAAGCACCCCAAACCAGGGGACGGUUUAGAAUCAACGCAUAGAGUGUCUACACCUCGAAGAGCAGACAAAUCUCCGUCCAUGCAAAGCGACUGCGAUGAGCCCAUGCCAACGCCAGCGGCAGCACCUUCAUCGUUGAAGGACACCGGUUUUUUGCCUCCGCUGUGGGAAAGAUUAAACAAUGGUGGCAACGYAACCCACCAACUACCGAGAUCAAUUCCCUUGUCGGCGAAACAAGUAAAAGGAAGAUCUCCUUCGUAUCACUGCUCCUCACCACCAUUGCUCAUAUCAACGCCGCCAUAUCCACUUAGAGGCGAGGAUCUCCAACGUCGCACGAUGAGCAAAAAGACAACAGCACAGAAUUCAAACCUCUGGCAUGAUGUCGGAUCACUUAAACCCCGAAGAGCACCACGGAAUGACUUGAUUGCUGCUGAAACCCAGUCGAAACCGAGGUUUCCCGUACUGAAAGAGACGUCUUCUUCGCGGUCGACAUCCCGUGUGGAUGGUKCUGAUUGUUCCAACUGCAGAACGAGCUUACGUUCAUUGCGGGGUAAGCACUGGGGUGGCGAUGACACCGUUGCCGAGAGCACCAUAUCAUCUUUCAAGAUUGUCAAGCUGGCAACCGAUCUCCUCAAUCAGAACCCCCCCCUUGUUUCUUCUUCAACCCCACGGAACUCCUUGCGCCGCCGAUCUAUUCGCGUUUCUCACGCACUGGACAAUCGUCGGCAUUCCCGUUUGCAUCCGAUCCGGCARCACAGUGACAAUAGCAACAUGGAGCGAUGCCCMAAACCACCCGUCCGAAGAAGGUCGGUCUCCUUUGAUAGUCCAAUUCCACCCGUACGAAGGAGGUCCGUCUCCUUCGGUUCGGAUGAAGAAGYAUAGGGCAUGAGACAAAUUGAAAGUUGUAUGAAAGUUUAUUCUGUAUAAAGUAAAUUGUAAAUU